CUCCACCACAAACUACAGCGUCUGCCACAUCAGCAUUGAUCACGUCACUGACACAUAUUCCAGCAUCUGAAACAACAGUGUCACCCGUAGCAACGAGACAAAUUACUGCAUUCACAAGAGUUCAUACAGAAAUACCAGCCUCGAAUACAGCAUCAGUGGCAACAACUACAAGUAAUGCCAUAGUGCCAGCUGAAAUGACUUCACCAUUAGUCAGAGAAUCAACCACAACACCAUUACAAAUGACACAGUUGGUUGAAACACAAAGAACAUCCACUGUUACAAACACAGCUGUCUCAACACAAAGUACACUACCUGUGACAACAGGAUUAACCACCAUGCCAACAGAAAAUAGAGGAACAGGAACAUUAACACAGCUCAACAACAACUCAACAGUAGCACCACCAACAGCAGUGCACAGUGCUGGACAAACAGCAGUUAACAGCACAACACCAACACAACGUGAAUCAGUAACAACAACACAAAGUACACCACCUGUAGAGACAGAUUCCACAACUACACCAGCACAAUCUAUUCCAAUCACAGUAGAAUCAACACCAACACCGCCGAGCACAUCCAUUGUUUCACCAUCGCAAAGACCAACACAAAGUACAGUUGUAACUACACAAUCAGCAACGUCAGCAGAGGCUGCACCAUCUGUAACAACUACAUCAGUGACUUCACAAACACCAACAUCAGCAUCAUUAACAACAGAACAACCCACAGCAAUGACUACAACAAUACAAACCACACCAUCUAUGCCAACAACAUUCACAACACAAACUCUAUCCACAGCUGCACCAACACAGUCUGUUCCCCCCACAGUAGAAUCACCAACUACAUUUACACAAACUACACCAUCUGUGGUUUCACUGACACAAAGACCAACACAAAUUACAGCUGUAACCACACAAACUACAUCUGUAACAACAGAAUCCACCACAUCACAAACAUCAACAUCAGCAGCAUUAACAACAGAACAACCCACAGCAAUGACUACAACAAUACAACCUACGCCAUCAGUGGAAACAACAUUCACAACACACACUGAUUCCACAACAACAAAGACACAAUCUAUUCUACCCACAGUGGAAUCAUCAACACCAACACAAAGUACAACAUCUGUGGUUUCAUCAACACAAGGACCAACACAGAGCACAGUUGUAACCUCUCAAACAGCACAAAGUACAGUGACUGUAACAACAGAAUCAGCCACAUCACAAACAUCAACAUCAGCAUCAUUAACAACAGAACAACCUACAACUGAAAGACAUACUAAUGAACCAACAGCAAUUCACAACACAUCAACGCAUAGUGGAUCAGUGACUACAACAACACAAACUACACCACCUUUGCCAACAGCAUUCACAACACAAACUCUUUCCACAGCUGCUCCAUCACAAUCUAUUCCACUCACCACAGAGUCUACAACACCAUCACAAAUUACAGUUGUACGCACACAAUCAGCAACUUCAACAGAUGCUGUGCCACCUGUAACAACUACAUCAGUGACUUCACAAACAACAUCAGCAUCAUUAACAACAGAACAACCCACAGCAAUGACUACAACAGUACAAACCACACCAUCUAGGCCAACAAUUUGA